GGCGGCGGGGGCGGGAGGCGCUGGAUCUGAGAUGUGAUGACUGAUCGAAUGUCAAUUGUCGCGUGGCGCUGUCCUGCAACGACUCGGCGCUCGUCUGGAUCCUCGAGGACGCGGCGUGUCCCGAGCACUGUCCGAUGCGCGCUGCAGGGGCGACUGCACAGCUGUUCCUCCGACCACCUCAGCCGUGCAAUUGUUGUUGCAGAAGAGCACGAACAGAACACAGCGAGGGAGUUCAGGCGCAGAGGAAUGCGUGCGGGAAAAACAUUCGUCGUUUAUGUCAUUUGGCGAGUCGAGAUAACGAUCUCGAUUGCCCCUGUGAUCAGCGGCCUGCGUUUUCUUGACGCUUCAACAUCUGUUCCCGCUUCCCUUCUUCCCAACACCUCACCGCCAUGAACGUCGCCGCCCUCCUCCAGGACUCCCCCUCCGAUGACCACGACAACCGUCGCAGGCUUCAGCAGCAACGCGACCGUGAGCAACAGCAGCGCGAACGCGAACAGCAGCAACGGGAUCGCGAGCGGGAGCAGCAGCAGGCGGCCCAUCACAUUGCCCUCCACGACCGCGACCGACUGCCGCCGCCUCAUCCACACCUCUCGCCAUCGCAGCAGUCGACUCAUUCAAGCUCAUCGCUGUCUCCUCUUACCUCAAGGCAUCUUCCUCCACCGUCUUCCCCGCAUAGGUCUUAUCCGCCGCAGGACUACGGCCAUGCACAGCGGGUCAACUUCCCCCCGUCGUCGACCUUCUUGUCAACUCCAUACGAGCACAAAUCACGCAGGCCAGAGCCGGAGCAGCCUCGUGUGCCUGAACAGGGUGCGCAUAUACACCAUGCACCACCAACAAGCAUAGCUCAACCGUACACUCUCGAACACCGACCACUUCAGCCUCAGCCUCGUACCCAUCAGGGAUCGCACUCGCAUGCGCAUCCACACCAGCAUGCCCAUACGAACCCGAGCACGCCUUCCCCAAUGUAUAUGCCCCCGCCCAAUCGCCCCGGUCCAUUGCACAGCUCUUCCAUAGGCCCACCGAAACUCGGCCCUGGUACAUCACCCCCGGGUCCUGGCAUGCCUCCUCCGGGACACGGCAGUAUCCCCUUGUACCCUACUCCCGUAGGCCCCGGUGUCCCGCCUGGCAUGAGUCCUCUCUCAAUGCCGAAUCCGGGGCCAGGCAUCCCGCCAUCGCGACCGCUGCGCUCGCCACACGGUUACAUGGAACCAUCGCCAAUGUACGGCGGCCAUUCGCCGGGCGUUCCGGCGUCCGACUCGCAACACCUCCAUAGCCAGCGCCCGCGCACGGGUGGCAGCUAUGACUUUGGGCGGCGGUCGCCGGUGAUGGGCAGUCUUCAGCGCCCGCCUCCUUUUGAGCGUGAUGAACGGGAUCGGGAUCGUGACCGUGACUGUAGUGACCGAGAGCGCGAACGCGAACGUGACGCGGCGCUACGCUCUGGACCCCGAGCUCCGCCGCAUUCCCAGUUUGGCAUGCAUCCGGGGUCUGUACACUCAUCAUCCACUAUAGCGGUCGGUCACGGCGUUAGUCCUUCAAUGAACGCGCGGACUCCUGGGCCAUAUAUCCCUCCUCCGCAGAUGCUCACCGGACCCGGCGCGAUGGGAAUGGGCGCAAUGAUGGAGCCGAAGCAGCGGGAGCUUGAACGCGAGCGGGAGAGGACAGCGGCGGAGACAAGGGCGGGCAAUGUCGGCGAGUCACCUGGCGGGCGGCGCGAGCGCGACAGACAUUCCAUGAAGGACAAGGAUCGCGAGAGGGAGCGUGACCGGCCGCGUGAGCGCGAUGCGGAUGGUUUCAGGCCUAUGAUUGGCCCGGGGAUGGUCAACAUUGAGGUAGAGCCCGAGCGCGACUGGUACCGGCGGACGCAGGCGCAGAACUUGACGCGGGAGCAGGCCAGCGAUGGACAAAUCUGGUCGCGAUUCGCCCAGCCAAGACUGGUUGGAAUGCCUUCUUCCAAUUCUAUGGCGAUCGAGGACGAGCGGGAUCGAGAGCUGAGAAUGAUGCAUGAGCGGGAUCGGGAUCGGGAGAGGAGGAUGCGUGUGGAGGAGAUGCGUAUGAGGGAAAUAAGGGAGAUUCGCGAGCAUGAGAGGUUCAUGGAGGCGGAGGAGGCGAGAAUCCGUAGGGCUAGGGAGGCAGAGUGGGAUGCGGAGAAGGCACGUUUCACCCGGCCUGUGCAGAGCAAUAGGGCGUCUGCAAAGGAGAAGAUCAUGCGAGAGGACGAGCGAGAGAGGGAGGAACGAAGAGCGGGGAAGGCACGGGAGGAACAAGUGGACGAGAAGGGUAGGAGAGUGCAGAUGCCUGAAGGAGAGAAAUGACAUGGAGGUCAUGCGCUCCGUGCCACAAGUCCAGUCCCAAGUCCCUGGUCAACAUCAUCAUCACUAUCAUCACCACCAUGUUCUACCAUCGGCUGCUCAGCAAGCCCAUGUCCAUAUUCCGAAGCCUGGAAAGCAGAUUGCCCCCGACUCCGGUGCACACCAGCAGACACAGCAAAUUAUCGGUCCAGGGAUGGCUCAACGAGACAUUCAGCCGCUUUUCGGACCAUCAUCAGAGCACAUUCGUCAG